AUGCAGCCGUGGCAGUGCCAGUGGCCGCUGCAGCCGCCGGAGUGGGGGCAGCUGCCGCCGCACUACGGGCACGAGCAGCAGGAUCAGGCGGGGCUCGAGCCCGACGCAGCCGACCUGCUGCAAGCCCUCCUGGCGGGCGGCCUCCCGGAGCAGGACCAGGGGCUCCUGCCGCCGUACCCCGGGCACGAGCAGCAGGACUGGGGGCAGCUGCCACCGCACUGUGGCCACGAGCAGCUGGGGGCGUCGCUGUCCUGGGCGGAGGCCGUGUCAGCAUUGCAGUCGAUGCACCAGGCCAUGACGUACGACGCCAUGAUGCGGCAGGCUCAAGCUCCAGUGCCCAGCGUGCACGACCACAGGCCGCAGUCGCGGGCGACCGUCGCAGCGUCGGCGGAGGGCCAGGCGAUGGAGGCGGCCGAGCGGGCGCUGGCGCUCCUGGAGUUGGAGGAGGAGCAGCGAUCCGCCGAGCUCACGGCGCCCGCCGGGCUGACGGCGCCCUGA